GCUCCUGAAAUGCUGUAGGAAUUCAAUCACAUAACAAUCACGAUGUUUCUCUACCCAACUUGCUGAUUUCUGUUUUUUUUUUUUUGGAGGUUCCAAGUUGCUGAUUAUAAUACCACCAUCCUAUCCCUAUAUAUAUAUAAGUACAAAUUCCAUCAUUUCUUGCAGUUCACCAGGCCCGAAUCAGGCCAAAGAACAUCAUGAAGCCGCACGCUGUAUUGAUCCCAUAUCCCGCACAAGGCCAUAUAGCCCCUAUCCUUAAACUAGCCAAGUUGCUGCACUCGCGAGGGUUCUAUAUCACGUUCGUCAACACCGAAUUCAAUCACAACCGUCUCGUACGGGCCCGAGGGCCUGAAUCUGUGCAGGGCCUGAAGGAUUUCCAGUUCAGGACAAUCCCUGACGGGCUGCCGGUCUCCGACAAGGAUGCUACCCAGGAUAUACCUCAACUUUCCGAUUCGCUUAGGAAGAAUGGCCUGCCGCCAUUCUUGGACCUCGUUAAGAGUCUCAAUGAGUCACCUGAUUCCCCAAAUGUUAGUUGCAUAGUGUCGGAUGGGGUGAUGAGCUUCACUCUUGAUGCUGCUGAAAAGCUGAAUAUUCCAGAGGUGGUCUUCUUCACUACCAGUGCUUGUGGCUUCCAGGCUUACCGUUACUACGGCGAACUUGUCACCCGAGGGCUAUUUCCACUUAAAGAUGAAAGUCAAAUAAGUAAUGGAUAUCUGGAAACCGAGCUAGAUUUCGUACCAGGGAUGAAAAACAUUAGGCUAAGAGACUUUCCAAGUUUCAUCCGAUCAACGGAUCCUGAUACUAUUAUGGUCCACUACAAUAUUUUGCAGACAGCAAACGCGCCUAGGGCCAAGGGCGUGAUAAUCAACACGUUCGAUGAAUUGGAGAAGGAAGUCUUGGAUGCCCUCAGGCAAAAAUUCGAACAUGUUUUGACCAUAGGCCCACUCCAAUUGCUCGAGCACGAGGUUGAAAAUCAAGAUGUAAAGGCCAUCGGCUCGAGCUUGUGGAGAGAAGACGACGCAUGCAUUGCAUGGCUCAAUGAGAGGGCGCCAAAUUCCGUGUUGUAUGUGAAUUUUGGUAGCAUCACUGUUUUGUCUUCCAAGCAGCUGGUCGAGUUUGCUUGGGGGCUGGCUAACAGCAACCAGUACUUCCUCUGGAUCAUUAGGCCUGAUUUGGUGAGUGGGGAGUCCGCAAUUUUGCCGGAAGAGUACUUGAAGGAGGUCGAGGGGCGAGCCUUGAUGGUGGGGUGGUGCUCCCAAGAGCAAGUGCUGGCCCACCCGUCGGUCGGUGGAUUCUUGACGCACUCCGGAUGGAACUCGACGAUAGAGGGUAUAUCGGAGGGCGUGCCGAUGAUAUGUUGGCCGUUUUUCGCUGAGCAGCAAACAAACUGUCGAUACGUGUGCAGGGAUUGGGCAAUGGGGUUGGAAAUCGAGGGGGAGGUGGAGAGGGAGAAGGUGGGGGAGUUGGUGAAAGUUUUGAUGGAGGGGGAGAAGGGGAAGGAGAUGAGGAAGAAGGCACUAGAGUGGAAAGACAAGGCUCAAGCAGCUGCUAAGCCUGGUGGCUCUUCUUACCACAACUUGGAGUUUUUGGUCAAUGAGAUACUCCUCAAGAACUAGGAAAAUGCACAUCCCCCCACCAGAAAAACACAUGUAUUGCAUUGAAAUCAAUUACUCUAUGUUUGUUUCUUUAUUUUUCAGACAUAUUAAUUUCAAAUAAAUAAACAGUUGAUUGGAAAUAA